AUGAUCAAUUUAGUACCUGUAUUUCUCGUUCUUCUAAUGGCAGCUCAUGUUCUCGGACUGGUAUUUUGGAUUUACAAAUUAGCAACUCAGAAACAGCCUCUGCAGCGGCGGAAGCAAUACAUCAAUCUUGUUCUUUAUUUUCUUUCUUUUAUUACCAAUCAACCAAGCUCUUUGAUACCAUGUUAACAAAAUUGAACGUAUAAAAACAUAGAGAAAGACCCUUGAACUUAGGGUUUCAAUAGAAUGAACAAAACUUGAAGAGU